AUGCGCUUCUUCAUCACAACCAUCCUUGCCGCUUCCGGCGCGCUGGCCGCACCAAUGACUAACGAUGAUCAGGUCCACGAUACCACGGUCGACUUGACUUCCCGCAGUGCUCCGCUCGCCGAUAACACUUCGUCGUGCUCGGGAUACAAUGACGCUUUUUGGAACGUUGACGCUUCCGCGUUCACGGUCAAGAUCGGUCGUCCAUACCUGGGUGGAAGCAGGUGCGGGCUCAUCAAGGAAAAGGUUGCACAGGACUUCGACCUGACCGGGCUCAAGUGCAAAGGCGCCAAGGACAACAAGAACACCGUCAUCACCAUUGCUAGCAACAUGAAGCCUGCCAACUUGGCCAAAAUCAACACGGCGCUCAAGAAUGCCUACCCCGAGAUUGAUUUCAACUGUCCCACUGCCCUCAAGCGAUAG